AUGUCUUUUCCUGAUAUAAACAUUUCUAUAGACCGCGGUGGCACGUUCUGCGACGUCCUCGUCCAGACAGGACAGACAGACCGCGUCUUCAAGCUCUUAUCAGAAGAUCCAGCCAACUACCGCGAUGCCCCGACAGAGGCAAUCCGCCGGGCACUGGAGGCCAUCGAGGGCCGGGCAAUCCCCAAGGGUGAAAAGAUAGACGGCUCGCGCAUCGCUUCAUGCCGGAUCGGCACGACAAUCGCGACGAAUGCCCUGCUGCAGGGAAAAGGCGAGAAGUUUGCCUUCGUCACUACGAAAGGGUUCGAAGAUGUCUGUAUUAUCGGCGACCAGACCAGACCGAAGCUUUUCGAUCUAAAGGUUCGAAAGGCGACGCCGCUGCAUGAAAAGGUCGUUGGAGUGGACGAGAGAGUUACAGUGGAAGACUACGACCUGGAUCCGUUUCCCUUGGACAGGAAGCGAGAUCUCACUGAUCCAAGACUUGUCCGGACGAACAGUGGUGAGAUUAUUCGAGUGCUCCAGCCGUUGGAUACUGCUGCAGUCCAAGAGACCCUGCUAGAGCUCAAGGCAGAGGGAUAUACGUCUGUUGCAAUUGCCUUUCUUCAUUCGUAUCUAUUCCCCGAUCACGAAGAACAGGCCGCUGCCAUUGCAAGACAAAUCGGCUUUCGAUACGUGACGACAUCUUCUGAGAUCUGCCCUGUUAUUAAAUACCUCGACCGAAGCAACUCCGUCUGCUCCGAGGCAUUCCUGUAUCCCAUCGUCAAGCAGUACAUCUCGGACUUCGAGGCUGGAUUCUCAGUUCUACCGAAGAGAGUCGAUUUCAUGUGCUCCGACGGAGGGCUGAGGUCGGCCUCAAGAUUCCGAGGCAACGAAGCCCUCCUGAGCGGUCCAGCUGGUGGCGUUGUCGGAAUCGCACAGACAUGCUACGACUCCGACGAGGGGACACCAGUUAUCGGAUUCGACAUGGGCGGGACAAGCACCGAUGUCUCGCGGUAUGAUGGGACAUACGACUAUCUGAGCCAGACCACUAUAGCAGGUCGAAACAUCACCAUUCCCAUGUUGAAUAUUGCCACCGUUGCUGCUGGCGGAGGCUCGAUCCUGGCUGCCCGGAAUGGGCUGUUCGUUGUAGGGCCUGAAAGUGCAGGAUCGCAUCCUGGACCGGCUUGUUAUCGUAAGGGAGGGCCUUUGACUGUUACUGAUGCCAAUUUGUUCCUGGGGAGGCUCCUCCUGUCCUCGUUUCCGUCUAUCUUUGGUCCUAAUGCGGACCAGCCGCUGGACUAUGAAGCAACGGCACAGAAGUUUGGUGAAAUCACAAAGGAGAUCAAUUCGCAGACAGGACAGUCUCUUGCACCAGAAGAAGUUGCUCUGGGUUUCCUCAACGUUGCAAAUGAGACCAUGAGUCGGCCAAUCCGCAAUGCUACUGAAGCCCGUGGAUAUCAUCCAGAACGGCACAACUUGGUCAGCUUUGGAGGCGCAGGUGGCCAGCAUGCUUGUUCUAUUGCUCAGCGGCUGGGGAUAAAGAGGAUUCUGAUUCACAAGUACUCUUCUAUCCUCUCUGCAGUGGGCAUCUCCAAGACAGAGCUCAAGUCGGACGCUGUUGAGCCGUACGUAGGAGCCUUUGAUCUCUCAGUACUCCCAAACAUCAACUCCCGGUUCGCCUCUUUGAAGGAAAAGGUUAGACAGGACCUGCUCGGUCAAGGUGCAAUUCCAGAGUCGAUUCGCUUCGACGAGUCCCUCAGUCUGCGAUACCAAGGGACAGACACGAAUCUUGUCAUUGCAAAGCCACCCGACGAGGACUAUGCAGAGGCGUUCCGCAGCACACACAAAAGAGAGUUCGCUUUUACGCUGGAGAGGCCGGUGAUUGUUGAUUCAGUCCAGGUUCGGGGUGCCGGUGGGAGCAGUUCCUGGGAGGCCUCAUUAUCUCCUUUUGAAGCUUUAUCGCAGCUCAAGGCCAGCCCUAAGUCGGCGGAGACCCAGAUCCAUACAAGAGUCUUUGUUGAGUCUUCGUGGCAAGAUAUCCCCGUCUACAAUCUAGAAUCCAUCUCGCAAUCUGUCAUUCCUGGUCCAGCUCUCGUCAUCGACGCAACGCAAACCAUCUUCGUCGAGCCCCAGUGGCAGGCGUACAUCCUGUCUGACCAUCUGGUCCUGGAGCGACAGGCCAACAAGCCUGAACCAUUAUCAGCCCAGGUUGAAUCCAUCAGUCCCAUCCAGCUGUCCAUCUUCGCCCACCGGUUCAUGGCCAUCGCCGAGCAAAUGGGCAACACGCUGCAACGCACGUCCAUCUCGACCAGCAUCAAAGAGCGCCUCGACUUCUCCUGCGCCAUCUUCUCUCCAUCCGGAAAACUCGUCGCCAACGCCCCCCACAUCCCCAUCCACCUGGGGAGCAUGCAGUACGCAAUCCAAUACCAGCAUCGCCUCUGGCAAGACAAGCUCCAACCAGGCGACGUCCUCCUCACCAACCACCCGGACUGCGGCGGCACCCACCUCCCGGAUCUCACAAUCAUCAGCCCCGUCUUCAGCGCGUCACACGAACUGGCCUUCUACGUUGCGGCACGCGGACACCACACCGACAUCGGCGGCCGCGGCAUCUCCGCCAUGAUGCCCGACUCCAAGGAACUGUGGGAAGAAGGCCUAAACGUGCAGUCGAUGAAGAUCGUCGAGAACGGCGUGUUCCUCGAGUCGGAUGUCCGCGAAGCUUUCCUCCACGCCGGCACAUUCCCAGGAUGCAGUCCCACCCGCCGACUUCACGAUAACAUCUCCGACAUCAAAGCCCAGAUCUCCUCGAACCAGCGCGGCAUUCUCCUCCUGCAGAACCUGUGCGAUGAGUUCAGCUUGCCUGUCGUGCAUGCACAUAUGCACGGGAUCCAAUCCAAUGCCGAAACCGCCGUGCGAUCUUUCUUCAAAACAAUCGCAGCAGACACCAAAACUAAAUCCAAGACCCUAAAGGCAGCAGACUACCUCGACAACGGCACAAGAAUCCAAGUCAGUAUCACAAUCGACUCGACCACUGGAUCCGCAGUCUAUGAUUUCACAGGCACAGGACCCCAGACGUGGACCAACUACAACUGCCCGAUCUCUGUUACACAUUCUGCCGUGAUAUAUACAACACGCUGUCUCAUCGCCAGCGACAUCCCGCUGAACGACGGCUGUCUAGCCCCUAUCGAGAUUAUUGUUCCAAAGGGAACUGCCCUAAACCCAUCUGCGCCUGUUGCGAUCUGCGCAAGUACACUCGCGAGCCAGCGCAUCAUCGACACGAUUCUGCGAGCCUUUGGUGCUGUUGCUGCGUUCUCGGGGUGUGCGAAUAGUUUUGGAUGGGGGGUUGGAGGGAAGGAUCCUCUUACUGGGGAGAUAACCCCUGGGUGGAACUAUGGGGAAACGGUUGGAGGGGGCUGUGGUGCUGGACCUAGUUGGGAAGGGGAGAGUGCGGUGCAGUGUCACUCGACGAAUACGAAGAUUACGGAUGUGGAGGUUGUUGAGAAGAGGACGCCUGUUGUUGUGCAAAGACAUGCGGUGAGGCAGGGGACGGGGGGGAGUGGGAGGUUUAGGGGAGGGGACGGGGCUGUUAGGGUUAUUGAGGCCAGGGUGCCGAUGAGGUGUAGCAUCUUGAGUGAUAGAAGGGUGUUUGCGCCGUAUGGGAUGGAGGGGGGAGGGGAGGGCGCUGUGGGAGAGAACUAUGUGUAUCGCUGGAAUGGGGACCGCACUGGGUUUGAUCGAGUGUCUGUCGGGGGGAAGGCCGAGUUGAAGCUGGACGAGGGCGAGAUGAUGGAGGUGAACAGUCCGGGGGGUGGUGGAUGGGGAUAACGUAGGC